GAGCCGAGCCAAAGGCCAGCAGCGGGCAGGGCUGCAGUGGCAUGCGGAGCGUUGCCUCGCAGGUGUGAAGUUAGCGGGGCAGGCUGGCACUGCUGGCUGAGAGAGCUGGGGUGGAGGUGCCUAUCUGGGAGCUAAUGGGUCAGGCUCUCACUCCACCCAUCCGCCGCUCGCCAAUUGGAAGUGAGGGAGAAAGAUGCUGUGGAUGGAUUAAUAUUGAAGCCAUCGAAACAGCACGAGCCAUUGCCAGCUCGGCCACCUGAGCGAGUGCUGUUUGGGAACACGCGUGGUGGCUCGGGGAAGCAGCCAGGAAGGCAGUGGAGGCUGGUGGAACAGCAUCUCUGUCAAAGAAGUAGUGCAGAGUCUCCACCAGCAGCCAUGUCAAGAAAUGGAUACUUCUUUGAAGAGAGUGGGUACCUCAAGUGCGACACGGACGAUGGCUGCGAGGCCAAGGAGGAGACAGGGGGCGAGGAGCUCUUUGACGCCGUGAACUCCUCCAUCGUCUCAGGGGACAGCAUCCGCUUCUUCGUCAACGUCAACCUGGAGGUGCCGCCCAGUGCCACUGCUGAAAAUGAAAGUGCUGGCUGCGUGUUACUGCACACAUCAAGGAAGUACCUGAAAUUAAAGAAUUUUGAGGAGGAAGUCAGAGCUCACCGAGACCUGGAUGGGUUCCUGGCCAGAGCCAGCAUCAUCCUCGAUGAAGCGGCCACCUCCUUGGAUGAUGUUCUUCGGGAGAUGCUGAAACAUUUUGCUGAAGACCCUGAGAACAUGGAGCCAAGCUGCAACUUUGAAAAAAUCAUGAGCACUUUAUUCACGGAUUCAGGGACCCCUCGGGAAGGGAACGGCACCCAUGAUGUGUCAGAGCCAGCAGGAAUGAAUACACAAACGUGCACAUCGCACCUCAAAUUUCACCUCUUAUCAGAUACAAUUCAAGGGGUCACAGCAACUGUCACAGGGGUGCAGUAUCAGCAGUCCUGGCUCUGUAUCAUUUGCACUAUAAAGUCCCUGCAGCGCCGCCACGUCUGCAUCAGCCGCCUGGAGAGGCCUCAGAACUGGGGAGAGAACUCCUGCGAAGUGAGAUUUGUGAUACUCGUCCUGGCUCCUCCCAAAAUGAAAAGUACCAAAACUGCCACAGAAGUGGGCAGGACCUUUGCCACAAUGUUUUCAGACAUAACCUUUCGGCAGAAACUUCUAGAAACCAAAACUGAAGAGGAGUUCAAGGAAGCCUUGGUCCACCAACGCCACUUGUUGACGGUGGUGAAUCAGAGACUGUCGGGGAUGAGCGAUGGGCACAAGUCGCACGGCCCUAAGCCGCUCAAGCUGCAUGAGUUCCUGAAUGUUGGCAAGGGCAUUUCUGAUGACAUAGCACGGAGACUUCCAGUGUAUGCGUUGGACUUCACUGACGGUGUUAUUGGGAACAACAAAGCUAUAGGGAAAUACAUCACAACAAUGAUCUUCCUGUAUUUUGCUUGCCUCCUUCCAUCCAUUGCGUUUGGGUCACUCAACGAUGAGAACACCCGAGGAGCGAUUGAUGUGCAGAAGACAAUUGUUGGGCAGUGCAUCGGAGGGCUGCUUUAUGCGCUCUUCUCAGGGCAGCCUCUAGUUGUUCUCCUGACCACAGCCCCUUUGGCACUCUACAUCAAUGUCAUCCGAGGAAUCUGUGAUGACUACAAUUUGGAUUUCAGUGCUUUCUAUGCCUGGAUUGGACUGUGGAACAGUUUUUUUCUUGUGAUGUACUCCCUCUUUAAUUUCAGUCUUCUGAUGAAGCUCUUUAAAAGGUCAACAGAAGAAAUAAUUGCACUUUUUAUAUCCAUCACAUUUGUGCUUGAUGCCUUCAAAGGCAUUAUUAAAGUUUUUAAGAAGUAUUACUACCACGGGCGUGCAGGAGGCAGUUACGUGGAAAAAGCCCAGGCUGAUGCUAUUCCAGGCCUCGGCAUCAAUACCACCUUCCUGAUGAACUCCUCAGUCAGCAGAUCCAUGGCCCUAGAGAAUCACACAGGCACGCAUGACGUGCACUACGGGCGUGAGACUGCCGUGCUCAGCCUGAUGCUGAUGCUGGGCACCCUCUGGCUCGGCCACACGCUCUAUCAGUUUAAGAAAAGCCCAUAUUUGCAUGCGCGGGUGCGCGAGAUCCUGUCCGACUGUGCCUUGCCCAUCUCAGUUCUGACUUUCUCUCUUGUGGGUUCCUAUAUCUUCAAGGAAAUUGAGAUGUCCAAAUUUAACUACAACCCAUCUGAGAGCUUGUUUGUGCUGGCCCCAGUCCAGUCCCUCUCCAUUGGGUCAGUGAUGAGUGCCAUGGGGCUGGGGUUCCUCCUGUCGAUGCUCUUCUUCAUAGAGCAGAACAUCGUCGCGUCGCUCACAAAUGCCCCAGAGAACAGGCUGGUGAAGGGCACAGCUUAUCACUGGGACCUGCUGCUGGUUGCCCUGAUUAACACUGGGCUGUCCAUCUUCGGCCUCCCCUGGAUCCAUGCUGCCUUCCCCCAUUCCCCGAUGCACGUCCGUGCCCUGGCCUAUGUGGAAGAGAGGGUUGAAAAUGGACACAUCUAUGAGACGAUUGUGAGUGUGAAGGAGACUCGCCUGACAAGUCUAGUGGCAAACUUCUUGGUUGGUCUCUCGCUCCUGCUCCUUCCUUUCCCUCUCCAGUGGAUCCCAAAGCCAGUCCUCUAUGGCCUCUUCCUCUACAUCGCAUUGACCUCCAUUGAUGGGAACCAGCUCUUCGAAAGGGUGGCUCUGCUGCUCAAAGAACAGACUGCUUAUCCUCCGACACAUUACAUCCGCAGAGUGCCCCAGAGGAAGAUCCACUACUUCACAGGCCUGCAGGUGCUGCAGCUCCUCAUCCUCUGUGGCUUUGGCAUGUCACCCUUGCCCUACAUGAAGAUGAUCUUCCCACUCAUCAUGAUAGGGAUGAUCCCAAUCAGGUAUAACCUGCUCCCCAGGAUCAUUGAAGCCAAGUACUUGGAUGCUAUGGAUGCAGAGCACUGAAGAGGUUCCUCCAUGGGCACAGGACAGCUCUCUGGGAGCCAGAAGACAGCAGCGCCGAGGCGUGGAACAACCUCUGCAGUUCUUUCUGUCACCAUAUUCUUUCUGCUCUAACAUGGCAUUGGUAAUGCACACAGAGAACAAAUGAGUGUUGGAGGGUCAGACCAAAACAGCCUUGGACUUGGGAGGUUGAUGCUGUUUGAAGCCAAGGCAAGCAAGCUUUAUGGAGAAUGCUGCUUUCCACAUCCCAAAACUGGAAACCCUAAAGAUCAGCACAUCCAUGUGGUUGGAGAAUACCCUCUCAGAGCUGUGGUCUUUUGUUUCAGGGUUGGGGGGAAUCUUUUCUUUUUCCUUUUUUUUCCCAUGCACCAUGUCUCUUUCUUCCACAACACUGAAAGGAGAGCAACUGACUUUCUUUAACAGAGUGACAGUCCUGUGCUGGCCUUUUUCUGUGCAUCCAGUAUUUCCAGAUUGGUAUUCCAGGUAAACCACUGAGGUCAGCAGAGAUGUUUGGCCAUCUCUUCAGCUUAGCAGGGCUGGACACAGUUCUGAUUUGUCCUAACACAACCCACAGCUUUGGAUGGAUACUUGAUCCCUACAAAGGAGCUGGAAAUGUGCAGAGGCUGGGUUACAUGACAAUGCUGGUGAAAUUGCAUCUGGGUCUAAGCUAUUUGGGAAUGAUUUUGGAUCUCUCUACCACCUGUAGUUUUGCACAGCUGCAACGUUUCAGAUACUUGCACCUAGUGUCUGAAAGCUGUCAAAGAGCAGUUGUGUUGGCUGCACGCAGCUAGGUACAGUAGUGCCUAUGUGUACAUAGCUACAUAGGGAUCUGUGUAUAUAUUUUGCAUAGAUAUCCAGAGAGGCCUGAUUCUCUGAGGCAUUUCGUGCAGUGUUACCUGUGGUGUCUUGGCCAUAUUCUUCUUCUCUGCUUCAGUGCUGCUUUUUCUCAUUUGAGAUGUGGUCAAUUUUUCUUUUCCUCCUUUGGAAGCUGCUCAGUUACUGUUUUUGUUCUGUGUGUUGCUUUAUUCAAGGUGUUCCUUUGCCGUCAUCUUCCCAUGCCUUGAGAUCUUCAUUGUUCUGCCCUGAUACUCCAGUGUGUGGAUUUGGGGUUUGACUUUAAUGUGCAGCAUGCAGUGGAAGUUUUCCUCUUUCACCUAAUCAAUAUUUGUUGGUCACUCCAUUGUUUCUGUUCUGUAGCUGAUCUCUGGAUUUUCCCCACACCCAGAUGUUAUAUUUCUGGUUGAAUCUAUCUUCUGCUGCCUUUUAGGUUUCAGUUUAUUUAAUUUUUGCUUGUACUAUGGUCAGUUUUCUUCACUGAAGUACUGUGAAACGACCUGCCCUUUAGCUCAGUGCUUGCCCUUUGCUGAACACUACAGAUCACAGCUAAAGUGUUAAGAUAAAGAACUUUGAAAAACAGUAGAAAUGAGGGAAGGAGAGUAAUAUAACAUGGAAUGCAAAUUUGUUAUUACCACAGAGAAGUGCAUCCUACCUGUUGCUUGCCAAGUAAAUGGUGCAGAGUAUCAUCACACACCCUUCUGACUGGGUGUUUCUCUGCAUGAUGAGGAAGACUAACUCUGUAGUGAGGGAGGAAGGCAUUAGCAAAAAGCUCCUGAUGCUGAAACUAAGCCAUACUCAAGCCACUGAAGAUUUGGUGUAUUUGCACUAAAUAUCAGACAGCAAUUCAUCCUUGCCCACCCACCCAUUGGCUAUCACACACGGAUGGAAGCCUCGAGUUCCUCUGAACCCACUCACCCUUCUGUUGGUAUUGGAUGGAGGAGAGCAGUAAGAGUGCUCCCAGGAGAGUGGCCAUGGCAAUUGCAGGGGAAUGCUCCCAGCUUAGCAAGCAAAGCAACCCCUUCAAACUUGAAAGCAUCACCUUCAUAUUGCACCAGCCAAACUCCCGUGGGUCUGCUGACCACCCUGACUCCUCAGUGUCAGGAUGACCACCCCAGUACAUCCAGGCAGGCAAUGCCACUCAUUUGGCUUUCAGUAGGUCUUGGAGGCAGCUGGGGUAACCUGUGCCAUGGCCAAUGCACGGAGUGACAGCAGGCAUGAGUCUGUGCGACUCUGGCCACCUUGGUCAGUGUGUUCUGGCCUUGGAGUCAGUUCUGUGGUGAGGUCACUACCAGCUGUUACUAAGGCCUGCAUGUAGAAACAGGGCAAACAGUCAGCAAGCAGAAUCUGGGGGCAGUGCAAAGGGAGAGGUGGUGAAAGUGUGUCUGAUCUUCAGUCAAGAGGAAAAGAGCAGGUGACAGCAAAUGGUUCAGCACCUGUUUAUAAGGCAGGGAGCACAGAGGCCUGGUGAUGCUUGAAUAACCUUUUCCCACAGAUGUCAUAAGAUUUAACCAAAACUAGAAUCAAAAUAUCGUCUUCUGGUUGAGUAUGCUCUUAAACACACAUGUCCUGGGGUGGUUCUGAUGUCUCAGCCCUUGGCAGGAAGAAGUCUCCCUGUGAGAUUGUUUAAAUCAUAUUGUCGAUGCUGUAGCUGGAGGAAGGAGAGGAUGUGCUCAAGGGGAUCUAAUCCUCUUGAAGGAGAGCAGAGGUCCCUGGGUGAAAUUUCCCCCAGCACAGAGCAUAGGGAGGUGAACUGGCACACACAGGAGUAGUUUUGAGAUGUGUACUCUCCAUCUCCCCCUUAGAAGGAGCAAAAAAUGUCCCAUGUGAAGCUCUUUGAAAAUGCUGAUUUCAGGUAGUGUCAGAUGUUGCUAGCAGACAUCAUUUGAAAUCCAGGUGGUCUGGGGGGGUUAAAUAUCUGUCACAACUCGCCUUUCCAUCCUUCAUGGCUGUUGCUCUGUCAGUAUGACCUCAGUGUUUACAUUUUCUCUGUAGCAUCAGCAGGGUCCUGUUUUGCUGGGUUUUCCUUCUGCAGGAGUCAGGGGCCCAAGAAUCGGCUGAUGGGAAAUGAGCACAGCUCGGGGAGGGGAAGAAAGUUGGGCUGGCCUGGCCUGGGUGGCCAUCUGGACCCAUGUCUCAAUAUAUGGGUGAAAGGGAGAUGUGAGACUCGAGGCCUCUUGUCUCCUAAGGUGUUGUAAUGAUCCUGCAGAGGAUGUGGGGGUUUUCAUACAAGUACCCUUUCUCUUCUUGUUUGCUUCUGGUUUGGCUGACUCUAAGUGCAGACGUUUCUAGGAAGUAGGCUAACUAGGGAAAGUGAGUUUGUCCAGAGUUGAUUGAGCACUUUAAUACUUCUGUGAAGGUUCAGACAAUUGGAAUGUAAAAGAAGUUUUCUUAUAAGCUCUUUAUACACGCACAAUGCUAUGUGUAACUGUUGCCAAAGAAUUGGGUUGGGAAACUGUUGAUGGCCGUUCAGAGUCCACAACGUUAACCUGAACUGCAAAGUGUAGUCACAAGCUUCUGAAACGAGUGGAUUUGGGAAGUUACCCUUUGACAGCUGCCAAAAUGAUCAGAAACUGGGGACAGAAUAAACUUCUACUCUCAAACUUGUGGGUUUUGAUCCUUGCAGUGAAUGUAGGAGCUAGAAGUUAGCCUGACAAUUAAAAUUGGAUUUAUACCUGAA